AUGUCAAACAAUACUACACUAUAUACUGCUAGUGACUUCAUUCUCUUAUCUUUGCCAGCUAACAUUAACCCAACGAAAUCAUCCACUUCCAAUGAUACCGACUCCUGGCUACAAAACAGUUUGAUUGACGGUAAAGCUUUCAUUUCUAACUUCAAUGUGCCUGAAUUCAAAAUUGGAUCGUUGGAUUCGUUAAUUGUAGAAUCUGAAGAAUUAGCCAAGAUUGACGGUCAAUUGCAAGCCUCCAUUUCCAAAAUUAUCGAAACUUUAUCAAGUUUACAUGAAUCUAAUACAAAUUAUUUCAAGACAAUACCAAUUAAUAAUGUCCCACUUCCUGAAUAUUUGGAGAAUUUCCAUUGGGAUACAAGAAAAUUCAAACUAGACAAAUCAAUUAAGGAGUUGAUUGGAUUGAUUUCAAAUGAAUCUUUCCAAUUAGAUAGUGACGUGAAGGCAAGUUAUGCAAACUACAAUAAUGCAAAGACAAAUUUAAUCGCAGCGGAAAGAAAGAAGACGGGGGAUUUGUCUGUUAGAUCAUUACAUGAUAUAGUCUCAGAAAAUGAUUUUGUCUUGAAUUCUGAACACUUAACUACUAUUCUCGUUGCAGUCCCAAAAAAUUUACAAAAAACAUUCGAACAAUCAUAUGAAAAACUAACACAGAAUGUAGUUCCUGGUUCUGCUACUAUACUUUCUCGAGACAGUGAAUAUUUACUUUACAACGUUCAUCUUUUCAAGAAAAAUUUGCAAGAUUUUAUAAAUCAGGCAAGAGAAAAGAAAUUUAUACCAAGAGAAUUCAAUUACUCUGAGAAAUUGAUCGAUGAUUUGAAAAGAGAACAUGACUCAGCAGCUAGUCUCGAAAAUUCACUGCGUAUACAAUUAGUAAGAUUAUCAAAGACAGCUUACGUUGACAUAUUCAUCAAUUGGUUCCAUAUCAAAGCACUCAGAAUCUUCGUAGAGUCCGUACUACGCUAUGGAUUACCACCACAUUUUAAUACUAAAAUCAUUGCUGUACCACCAAAAUUCUUAAAUAAAUGUAAGGCCGAGUUAAUCGAUGCCUUUGGGUUCCUUGGUGGAAGUGCUUUCACUAAAAAUAAGAAGGGUAAAAUCAAUGAGAAAGAUACAAGUCUACAUCAGUAUGCAUCACUCGUAGACACUGAGUAUGAUCCAUUCGUCAUCUAUCUCAUUAAACUAUGA